GGAACCUUGGUAUUGUUUUUAUUUGAAUUUCCCUUAUUGCCAGAGAGCUUGAGCAUUUUUUUCAUGUGUCUGUUAGCUAUUAGAAUUUGUUCCUUUGUAAGUGUCUGGCAAUUUUUGCAUGAGAAAGCAUCAUGCACCCCAGUGUUCAUUGCAGCACAAUCAACAAUUGCAAGAACAUGGAAGCAACCUAAAUGCCCAUCAACAGAGGACUGGAUAAAGAAACUGUGGCUCAUCUACACUAUGCAAUACUACUCGACAAUUAAAAAAAUGAAAUGCAUUAUUUUGUGACUAAAUGGACCAAACUAGAGACGAUUAUGCUAAGGGAAAUGAGUCAAUCCCAAAAGAUACCAUCAUUCUAAUGCUUUCCAGAAGGAAGGAACAUAAAUACUCAAGAUGGGAAGUAACAGCACCAACAGCACAAGAACAAAGUGCACUGAUCUUCAAAUGUCCUUUCAAUACUCCCUCUACGCUACCACAUAUAUUCUUAUAUUUGUCCCUGGUCUUCUGGCCAACACUGCAGCCUUGUGGGUUCUGUGCCGCUUCAUCAGCAAGAAAAACAAAGCCAUCAUUUUCAUGAUCAACCUCUCUGUGGCUGACCUUGCUCACGUGCUGUCCUUGCCCCUCCGGAUUUACUAUUACAUCAGCCACCACUGGCCGUUCCAGAGAGCUGUUUGCCUGCUGUGUUUCUACCUGAAGUAUCUCAACAUGUAUGCCAGCAUUUUCUUCCUGACGUGCAUCAGUCUUCAGAGGUGCUUCUUUCUGCUCAAGCCCUUCAGAGCCAGAGACUGGAAGCGUAGAUACGACGUGGGCAUCAGUGUGGCCAUCUGGGUCGUCGUGGGGACUGCCUGCCUGCCAAUUCCUAUUCUGAGAAGUGCUGGUUUAGCCAACAACACAGAAUUCUGCUUUGCUGAUUUAGGCCUACACAAUAUCAGCAUGGCUUCCUCAAUUGGCAUGGUAACUGCAGCAGAACUUGGAGGGUUUAUAUUGCCUGUUGUAAUUAUUACUUGCUGCACUUGGAAAACCAGAAAAUCUUUACAAGAAGUUCAAAUCCCCCCUCAGAACACCAAGGAGAGGAAAAAAGCUCUGAGGAUGGUCCUGAUGUGUGCAGUGGUGUUUAUUGUAUGCUUCACCCCAUAUCAUCUUAACUUUCCAUUCUUCAUGAUGGUGAAGCAAGAAGUCUUUUCGAAUUGCUCCUUUAUUAAGGUUACUUUAUGUUUGCAUAUCAUUUCCCUGUGUCUUGCUAAUUUGAAUUGCUGUCUUGAUCCAAUUAUAUACUAUUUUAUGACCUCGGAAUUUCGUGAUCAAUUUUCAGAGCAUGGUGGCUUAGUUCUUCAGUCAUGUAUAAGAUGUAAGGACAGUGCUUUGGAAAUUCACCAGAGGCAAGAAGAUCUUCAGACCAUCUCUCUCGAAUGUUUGGAGGAUUCUAGGACAAUGUAAUCACAUAAUUUGUUAAAGAGAUCUAUAUACUCUGUCGAUUUAGCUAUGUUCCCGAGAAGACAUUUUCUUUAAACAUGGUAUUCCUGAGUGAUUUAAUAAAAUAUGGGCUGCCUCCUUCCCUUAAUCACAAAAAAAUGAUAAUUCUGAAAGAACAAUUUGUGCCUGCUUGUGAACAUGGAAAUGUACUGUCCUGCAGAACAUGUCAGAAGAUAUCUUUCUUUACAAAAAUAAUGAGCAACAGCAUGAGUUGCACACCUGUUCAUCAACAAGGAGUUUGGUUUUUUCACCCUCUCUUAAGUGGAAAAAAAAAACAUAAAUUGAAUGUGUAGUUAUGGAUGAAUUUCCCAUUGAAAAUGACCUAUCAGACACAUAUAUGCCUAGCAUUAUUUACAAAGUGUGUAUGACUUUGAACAAAACAGGUUAUGGAGAAAAGAAAUUUUAACAUCGAGUUAUGAAAAUUAACAACCUUAUAACUUAGAAUAACAAUUUUUUUUCUUUCCUCGGGUAAAUAAACAAUUCAGAUAAAAUCCAAAUAUGUCAAAUGUUUCAUGGAAUUUGCACACAACACAUGCUUUAAACACAAAAUAGAAUCCUGUUGUAACAUCCCACAAGCUUAAGUCUCGGGAGUUUCAAUGAUGAUUCUAUGCUUCAUGAAACUAAACUGCAGCCAUGGUGUGUCUAGAUUUAAAUCUCUAAAUACAGUUUGAGUUGCAAUUGCCCUUGAUUUGUGAGAAUCAGUGAGUUGAUGAAAAAUCAAAAGCAGUUAUACAGUAUUUCAGUUCCUAAACACUAGUCGGAUUUUGUUUCUAGUAUGUGAAGAUGUGUAUAAGAAGACUAUUGUUGAACUGAAUUCUAUUAUGGGUAGGGAAUGAAAAGAGUAGUUAUUCUUGAAAUCCCCGAAGUUAGAUCAUUUAAAAACAUUAAUUGCUACAUUUAUAUGUAUUCA